UCAACGAGCUGUCUUGAUAAAGCACCAUUCGGACAUUCAAAAAUGGCAUUCAAAUUCGUCGUUCUCGCAGCGUUAGUGGCAAUCGCUAAUGCUGAUGGCCCAGCAUCAUACAACAUUGAGACAGCCUCAGCUGACCACAAAAGCGUCGGCUACGCUCAGGAGUCGACGCACAAGGGUGCUGGAGGCAAAACUGGAUCAACAAGAUACAAUAAUGCCGUAAAAUCUCCAUACGCGUCUGUCCACGUUCUGAAUGAACGUGUCAACCACGACAGCCGCUAUUACGUACGGCCUGCUUACACCCAUUAUGAGCCUUCAGUGACCGUAAAGCCUCACUCUGCCCCAACUUAUCAAUAUUACGCCAAGAUUUCUCCAGUCAAGUCUCACUCAGCACCAACUCAUCACAGUUCCUCUGAAGUUGCUCCAGUUCAGUUGCUCAAGGCUCAUUCACUGCCAACUUAUUCCACUUAUCCCACUUACACCGAAGCUGCUCCUGUAAAGGCUUACUCUGCACCAGCUUACCAGAGUUAUUCCGAAGCAGCUCCAGCCAAAGGUUACUCUGCACCAGCUUAUCAGAGUUAUUCCGAAGCAGCUCCAGUCAAAGGUUACUCUGCACCAGCUUAUCAGAGUUAUUCCGAAGCAGCUCCAGUCAAAUCAUACUCUACACCAGUUCCUCAGAGUUAUUAUGAAACUGCUCCGUCCAAGGGUUACUCUGCACCAGCAUAUCACAGUUAUUCAGAAGCUGCUCCAACCAAGACUUAUUCUUAUCAGAAUUAUCCUGAAGCUGCUCCAGCCAAGGCUUACUCUUAUCAGGCUUCGACCGAGGCUACUCCCAUGACAGCUUAUGCUUCUCCAGCUUAUCACACUUAUGCUGAGGCUUCGCCACUGAAGACUCAUGCGGUUGCUUAUCAGAGCUAUGUGGCUCCCGUUGCCACGAAGGGCCAUGAGGCAGCUUAUCAGAGCUAUGAAGCUCCAAUUGUCGCAAAGGGCCAUGAGGCCGCUUAUCACAGCUAUGAGGCUCCGGUCGCCACGAAGAGCUACGAGGCACCAGCUUAUCAGAGUUACGCUGAGACUGCCCCAACAAAGGUCUACUCUCCAUCUUCUUAUCAGUACGCUGGACACGGAGUUUCCCAUACCAGCUUCAAGGGUCAUGGUACUCAGUACGCCUGGUAA